AGUUUGUGGGUCAGACCUCCACACCAUAAGCACAAUAAUUGUACCACUUCAAAAAGGUAUUUUAAAAUAAAGCGCAGUUCAUCUUUGGCUUGAUUGAUGGUUCUCAGAUUUUAUUUUCUUGAACUUAAUUUCUAUGCUUUGUAACAUUGAUUUUGGAAUCCCAGUUUCUCUCUGUUUCUCUCGUAAUUUGAACUAAUUAAUCGGGGUAUUAGUUCAAUGAUAUCUAGCAAAAAGAUGGCGAACGCCGUUGGUGCCAAAACCGUUAGAGCUUGUGAUAGCUGUAUAAAGAAACGGGCUCGUUGGUACUGUGCUGCUGAUGAUGCUUUUCUUUGUCAAGCCUGCGAUUCUUCAGUUCAUUCGGCCAAUCCACUUGCUCGUAGACAUAAAAGAGUCCGCCUGAAAACUGCUUCAGUUAAGUCCUCAGGUGAUGAACUUCCUUUGGAGAGUUUUUCACCCACGUGGGAUAGAGGGUUUACCAGAAAGGCAAGGACAAGGCGACCCGUGAAGGGCUCCAUUCAUCGAAAGCUACUUAAAGCUAAGAACAACCCGGUUCCUGUUGUGCCAGAAGUUGGUAUUGAUGAGUUAUUCAAUGAAGAGAAUGAAGAGGAACAGCUUCUUUAUAGGGUACCAAUAUUUGACCCCUUUGUUGCUGAAUUAUGCACUUCUACAACGUCAACUGAAGCUGCGGUGAGUGCUGUAGGAAAUGAAGCUGAAACUACUGCAACUGAAUCUAAAGCUUUCUUGGGACAAGAUGUUGAUGGUUCACAUGGGCUUUUCCCGUCUGAGAUGGAUCUUGCAGAGUUUGCAGCUGAUGUUGAGAGUUUGCUUGGAAAGGGUCUUGAGAAUGAGUCCUUUACUAUGGUGGAGCUGGGUCUAACAGGCUCCAAAGACAAAGACUUGAGGGAGUAUUCAUACGGAAACGGUCAAGUGAAGAUUGAAGACGAAGAGAGUUUUGAAGGUGGCAUGGGGAGAGAACCCUUUGAGUUGAGCUUUAACUAUGACACUCCACCAAGCUGUGGAGGGGUGGAUGAGUUGGUAAAGGAAGAGGUAGCAAUGAAGAGUAAAGAGGAUGGGGAAUGUCAGGAGAAUACUGCAAAAAAGAAGAAAAGGAAGACACUUUUGAGCUUAGAUUAUGAAGCCGUAAUCACCGCCUGGGCAACCCAAGGGUCUUCUUGGACUUCUGGUGGCAAACCAGAUUUGGACCCAGACGAAUGUUGGCCAGAUUGCAUGCGAAAUGGUGGAACAGAAGUUCAGCAGAGCUAUAGUGGUUUGAUUGGAAUGGGAGGACAGCAGCAGGCAAUGGGGGACGGAGGUAGAGAAGCAAGAGUAUCAAGGUACAGAGAAAAGCGGAGAACAAGGUUGUUCUCCAAGAAAAUAAGGUACGAGGUUCGCAAACUUAAUGCGGAGAAGAGGCCUCGAAUGAAAGGGAGGUUCGUCAAAAGGGCAUCCUUUCUUGCAGGACCUGCUUUUCCAUUGCUCAACAAGUAGCCCUUUCAAAUCCUCUUCUACUCGUCACCACUGAUGUAGUGUCUAGUUCCUGGUGCUUAGGCCUCAAUGUUCUCAAACUCCACAUAAUUUUAAUAAAUAAAUAAGGGUGAAUGAUUUUCUUCACUCUCUCACAUUCUCUUAUUUUCUUUGUGAAAUAUGAAUUCGCCUAUUAAAGUAUAUAAAUUUUAAAAUCAGAUUAAUUGCAACAAGUUAUGAUUUCCUUUACAACUAAUAUUUUAAUAAAGUAAUUCGAAGUGGUUAAAUCCUUUGAUGAAUUUCAACACUCGUCGCAAGUCAAGUACCAAUUUAAUCAAAUUAGGAAGUAUAGGCACAAUAAAAUUCAUUUCGAUUAACAAUAAUUUAGACAACUAAAUGGCUCUAGCUUUAAAAACCAAAAUCUCAUUUAAUACUUUCCUCAACAAGUCUAAUAAUCAUCGAUUCGACUGUCUAAUGGCUAUUGAAUCGGAGUCCUGAAUUUGCCACUAGAACCUUUCCUCUUACAUUUUAGUGCUAGUGUCACAGGCCAGAGUUCAAAUCCUGUGACCAUUGAACCAAAUGCAUCCGAUGGAGGUCUAUUACUUCGAUGGGGAUCAUUUGGCCCACGUGAGUUGGCCCGAUUCAAGAAACUGUUGGAGAAGCCUGUCAGAUUGAAGCAUGGUUGGCCCGAUAGCGAAGAUAUGGCAACUUAGGCAAUUAUGGUAACUAAUCUUUAAAUAUAGAGGGAAUCAUAUCUUGUAAAGAUUAGAUAGGAUUUGAUAUGGCAAUAUCUUGUAAAAUCCCUUAAAUCAUGGGAUUGGUUAAUCUCGUCCGUCGAUGUAAUUGUAUCUUGACAGUCGGUUUUGGGGGAGCUCAAGUAUAAAUAGAGAGCCUCCCCCUCAUUUGUACUCACUCCAUUUAUUGUUUCAUUAUCCAUUGUGAAUAAGAGAAUAGAGAGCAUUUACUCAAA